CCUUCUCUGCUCUACCCUUACCCACGCCUCCAUCCUCCACGACAUCUUUCAUUGCAAUCUGUAUGCUCCAAAAGCAAUCCUGCACACCCUCAUCUCCGUACCCAUCAUCUAACCGAGCGAUCCUUAAAUAGGUGCUCACAUUCUCUUAAAAUCGCCAUACCAUUUCCGGGUCGUUGACCCUGCUCGCUUUAAUCAUGUCUGAAUUUAUCGGGUUAGUUCCCCAUCGCUUUGUUUGGUAAAUCAUUAUAGAAAACUCGAACUAAACCAUCUGCCCCUCUAUAUAGCUCCCGGAUCUCCUUGAUCUCCAGGAGCGAUAUCCGGUAUACACUCUUCUGCUUGCUUGCGUCGGCCGCUUAUUUCCUUCUUCUCCGAACUGACCAACCCUCCUCUCUCGCUAAUUAGCUAUGUCGGCCGUCUCCAUGACAUCAAUUCCGAAAAUCACACCGUGGCCCUAGAACAAGUUGUUUCUCACGGGACGGAAGGUAGACGCGGCGAUCCUACUAAGGAAAUCGCUGGUUCAGACAAUGUCUACGAAUAUAUCGUUUUUCGCGGUGGCGACGUCAAGGAUUUAAGGAUCGAGGAGACUGCACCCCAGCCACCGCAGCCCCAGGUGCCUGAUGAUCCCGCCAUUCUAGGGGUAUGUUGUUUGGAGAAUUAUUGUCUUUUGUCCCCCACCCCCACUUCCACCCCCCCCCCCCCCCGCUGCGGGGUUCUGAGACCUGGUUUUCGUUUUUGCAUGUUUUAAGCCGGAGGGUGUAUUGCCUUCUCUCGAGUUUUAUCGAUAUAUUGCCGUUCAAUCGAGCCAUUCGACCGUACCUUCACACUGCGGUAGCUAACCUGGUACUACUAGAGCUCAACUCGCCCACCUCCCCCGAGCUAUGCCCAAGGGAACCAGCCGCCUCCCAACCAGUACCAACAAAUGCCGCCGUACUAUUACCCCCCUCCCCCGGCCCCAGGGUCGCUAUGGUUCCAGUCCAUACCAACAGGGAGCUAUGUAUGGCGCCUACCCACCCCCUCAAGGUCCCCAGCAACCAGGGCUAGGACAACCUCCUGCCGGCGUGCCCCAGGCUCAACAACAGCCUGCUCAACAACAUCAGCAGAAUCAGGCCUCCCAGCAGCAAGGCCAAGCCCAGGCUCCCCAGCAAGCUCCAUCGGUCCAGCAACAGACUCCCACUCAUGGUCCCCAGAAUAGAGCGCCACCACAAGCCCCAAUCGGGCCGGCUGCUAACCGUCAGCAACACACCCAACAACCAAUGAAUCGCGGUCCUACACACCAAGUCCCAAGUGCGCAAAAUUCUGUAGCUCAAUCCCAGCUACCCGCGCACGCUAAGAUUAACGAGAGGCAGGCGCCUCUUGCCUCUGCGCAACAAACUGCGAGCGAUAGCUCCAAACCCCCGACUCCUCCCGAGGAUAGUGAAACUAAAUCAGCACCCCCGGCUCCUGUGACGCAAAAUGCUAGCAGAGCACCAACCGGACCUAAAGCGCAUGGAGGAAUUGUACCGGCACUUCCCCUACCUUUCCAUAACAGGCCUCCACGCUCCCCAGCGCCUUCUUCGUCCCAACCCGGAACCCGCAACGCUCAAUCUACUGAGGCUUCUGCAUCCACCUCUACCCGCAACGAUACCAAUGCCGCCGUCCAAGAUCUAGCUAACAAGGUUAACCAGUUGGCAAUGAAGACCGCUGUUCCUGCUGGUAAUAACGUGGCAGGGCCUGCGCCUGCUUUAAACGAUACGAAUGGUGGUCCUAGUGGGGAACCGCGCCCGGCCCGUGGACCGGGCACUGGCGGGUUUAUUGCUCGUGGGGCUUCCCGCGGAAGAAGCUAUCGUGGCGGUUUCCAAAGCAAUCAACUUCGUAAAGUUGAAGUUCCCAGUACUGAUUACGACUUUGCAAGCGCGAAUGCGAAGUUUAAUAAACAAGACUUGGCUAAGGAGGUCAUCGCAGGUGGGGAAGACGAGAGAGUUGCUCAUCCGGAGACUCCGGCCAAUGGCACUAAUGGAUAUGUAGAUGGGAAUAACAAGGACGAAGUUGUCAUUCCCCCCGCAAAAUUCUACAACCCUUUUUCCAGCUUUUUCGAUAAUAUAUCGUGCGAGAACAAAGAACGCGCGGAAGCCAAGGAAGGAGAGAAACCCAGGGGUGGGGCAGUCUGGAGGGGUGAGGAGCAAAAGAAGAACCUGGAAACCUUUGGUCAGGGAAGUGUUGAUGGUGGGCCCAACCACUACGGACGUGGAUGGAGAGGAAGGGGCAGGGGAAGGGGUAAUUACGGACGUGGGAGAGGCGGAGGUUACGGUGGAUCGUAUAAUCGAGGCGCAUAUAGGAGACAAUCGCAGGUCCAGCAGCAGCAACAAGACGGAGGAGCAGCAGCAGCUGGUGAUGGCGAUAAUUAA